AUGGGGUGCAGGUGCUGCAAAAUGAUACAAAGCUAUAUUUUUGAUCCAGAAGAAGUACAAUCGCCUGGACGCAUUCAUGAAGUAAGCAGCUAUAAACACAAUGAGCAAGGCAGCAAUAAAUCCAAAGAGAACAGUGAAAUUCAAGAACAUAAAAACGAACUCCAGAAGGAUGAGCUAAACAGAACAGAAAAUAAAAGUCAGAUAAAUAACAGAAAAGAAACUCUCUGGAACCAUGGAGACAAUGAUUUUCAAGAGGAUGGUCUUGUGAAUUGUGUUGCAAAGCUUGAUGUUGCAGUCAACGGUGGCAGCUCCUGUGCUGGAGUGCACUCCAUGCUCAACCCCAACACAAACCCAGCGAAAGAAGCCAGUGAACAGGGAACCUCCAGCCAGUCAGAGGUUUCUUCAGCCAGCAACAGAGACUUUUACACUAAAACAAAUAGGUCCGGUCAAGAACUUGACCUAGAGGCAGCCAGGCAGAGGAAGGCAACCUGCAAUGAGCCAAACAGUAUUCAAGAUGGUAACUCCCAAUCUGCAGAAGACAUCAUCUUUCUUAAAGGAAGUGCAAUACUGGAGACACAAAACAAUGCCACACAACUGCCAGAUACUGAUUACCUCCAAAAUGGCAAUCAAAACAGGAACUAUGUUGAAAAAGACAGCUUUUCAGUCAAUUCUGCACACUCAGACCAAAACACUGGGCCUUCAGCAAUGCAGGACCAGGAUCUUUGUGUAACCCCACCUCCACCUAUGAAGGAGAGCAGUAUUGGACCUUUUAAAACUGACUCCACAAGUUUGAGUGAGAGCAUUAUGGCUGGUAUCACUGCUGUGGCUGUUUCUAAAGUAGCACAGGCAUCCACACACCCCAAAGGUAAAGACAUCAGUGGAGAAAUAGAGGAGGAAGAUGCAGAAGUUGCAGCAGCUCUGGCUGCACUGGAAGCUGCAACUGCAGGGGAAGACCUGGAUGAUGAUGAUGAAUACUAG